AUGGAUGCCCAAUUCACAAAUUCAUUAGAGGAAACUCUUAAACAAACAUUAGUUCCUGACUCUAAUGUAAUUAAACAAGCAUCGAAUAGAUUAGCUAAAGAAUAUUAUCCAAAUCCUUUAGCUUUACCUGCUUUAUUAACAAUUUUACAACAAUCAAAAGAAAAUGAAAUUAAACAAUUAGCUGCAGUUGAAUCAAGAAAAUUAAUUUUAGAUAAUUGGGAGAAAGUUGAUUCAUCAAUUAAACCAGAAUUAAGAAAUUCAUUAUUAAAAUUAAGUUUUUCAGAAGAGAAUAAAAGAUUAAGAAAUUUAAUUUCAAGAGUUGUUGCGGCCAUUGGUGAAGUUGAUUUAGAUCAUAAUCAAUGGCCUGAUUUAUUACCAAAUUUAAUAAAUGCGGUUCAAAGUAAUGAAGUACAAGCUAAAGAAGUUUCAACUUUCACAUUAUUUGCUUUGCUAGAAUCACAAAUUGCAAGUUUAUUGCCUCAUAUUGAUGAUUUUUUAACAUUAUUUGGUAAUUUAUUAUCAGAUUCAAGUUCAAAAGAUGCAAGAAUCAAUUCAGUUUUAGCUUUAGAUGUUAUUUCACAAACUUUAGACGAAGAUGAAGAAGCUGGUGAUCAAUUAUCAAGUAAAUUUAGAGCUACCAUCCCAGGAAUGGUUGAAGUUUUAAAAGAAGUUAUUGCAAGUGAUGAUCAAGAAUCAGCAAGACUAAUUUUUAAUGUUUUCAAUGGAUUUGUAUUUUUAGAUUCUAAAUUUAUUGGUGAUUAUUUAAUUAAUCUUAUUUCAUUUAUUUCAGAAUUAGUUUCAAAUACUCAACUAGAUGAAGAAUAUAGAAUUUUUGGUUUACAAUUUUUAAUUUCAACUGUUUCUUAUAAAAAAUCUAAAAUUAUUGCAAAUAAAUUAGGUCCACAAAUUACAAUGAUUGGUUUAAAAGUUGCAAGUGAAGAAAUUGAUAUUGAAGAUGAAUUGGAAAAUGAAGUUGAAGAAAAUGAAAAUGAAGAAAAUUCACCACCAACUUUGGCUUUAAGAUUACUAGCUGUUUUAGCUGCUGAAUUACCACCGUCACAAGUUAUAACUCCAUUAUUUGAAGCUUUACAUCCAAUGUUGUCGUCACAAAAUCAAUUUGAAAGAAGAGCUGCAUUAUUAUCUAUUGGUGUUUGUUCAUCUGGAGCUCCAGAUUUUAUUUCAAAUCAAGUUUCCAAAAUUAUUCCAGCUUUAGUUAAUGGAUUAAAAGAUCCACAAUUAGUAGUUAGAGUUGCUGCAUUAAGAACUUUGACACUGUUGACAUCAGAAUUACAAGAUAUUAUUACUGAAUAUCAUGCACAAUUAUUACCAUUGAUUAUUGAAAUAAUAGAUUCUGCUUCAUCUGUUAUGGCUUAUAAAUAUUCUUGUAAUGCUUUAGAUGUAUUAAUUGAAUUUAUGAGUCAUGAUGCAAUGGGUAAUUAUAUUGAACCAUUGAUGCAUAAAUUAUUCCACAUGUUGCAACAAGCAAAUACAUCAACGUUAAAAACGGCAAUUGUUUCAGCUAUUGGUUCAACUGCUUUUGCAAGUGGUAAAGCUUUUACUCCAUAUUUUGAAGCUUCAGUUCAACAAUUGGAACCUUUUAUUACAAAUAGUGCUUCUGUUGAAGGUAUGACCGAAGAUGAUAUUGAAUUAAGAGCAACUACAUUUGAAAAUAUUUCAACAAUGGCUAGAGCUGUUGGUUCGGAAUCUUUUUCAAAGUAUGCUAAACCAUUAGUUGAAGCAGCUUAUAACUCAUUAAGUUCUGAACAUUCAAGAAUUAGAGAAUCAGGUUUUGCAUUUAUUGCAAAUAUGGCUAAAGUUUAUGGUGCUGAAUUUUCAGGAUUCUUAAGUAAUAUUGUUCCAAAAAUUAUCGAAUGUUUACAACAAGAUGAAUUUAGUAUUGCUUUAGAAAAUGAAGAUGAUGAAGAUGAUGAAGAAGCAGAUCCAUUUAAAGUUCAUACUGGUAUUACUAUUGAAAAAGAAAUUGCAUCAGUUGCUUUAGGUGAAUUAGCUGUUGGUACUGGUGAAAAAUUCUUUGAAUAUCUUGAACCAACAGUUGAAGUAUUGGCAGAUCAAAUUGAAAAUUCAUUUGGUAUGAGAGAAGCUGCUUUAAGUUGUUUUUUCAAAGUUGUUAAAGCUAUGUUUAUUGCUGUUCAAGGUAAAGAUUUCAAACCACCAAAAGGAAUUCAACCAUCAUAUGUUAAUAAUAUUAUUUACGGUUUAAUUGCAAAAAUUAGAAACAUUUCAACUAAAAUGUUGGAAGAAGAAUUUGAAAGUACAAUGGUUGCAUGCAUAUUGGAUGGUAUUUCAAGUUCCAUAUAUAAUUUUGGACCAAUUUUCAUUGUUGAACCAAAUAAUACAGAAGCUUUAGAAGCAUUAUGUAUUUCAUUAAUGCAAUUAUUGAAAAAAGAACAUCCAUGUCAAAUUGAAGACGAAGAGAUGCCAAAAGAUGUUGAUGAUUCAUCAGAAACUGAUGUUAUGUUAAAUGAAAGUGCAUUAGAAGUAUUGAUUAAUUUAUCAUUAGCAUUAGAAGGUGAUUUUGUUAAAAUUUUCACAUCAUUUAAAGAUGUUAUAUUGAGUAAAUUUAAUAGUAAAGUAAAACCAUUAAAAGUUGGUUCAAUUGGUGCUAUUGCAGAAAUGGUUGGUGGUAUGAAAGCAUCAAAUCCAUAUUCACAAGAAUUAUUACAAUCAUUUAGCGAUAAAUUAGAAAAUGAUAAAUCAAUAGAAGUUAAAGGUAAUGCAGCUUAUGGUAUUGGUUUAAUCGUUGAAUAUUCCCCAAUUGAUCUUUCAUCAACUUAUCAACAUAUUUUACAAUUAUUAUUUCAAUUACUUAAUAAAGUUGAUAAAAAAUCUGGUUCAGCAGAUGAUGAAGAAGCUAAAGAUGUUGUAAAUAGAGCAUAUGCAAAUGCAUGUGGUUGUGUUGCAAGAUUAAUAUUGAAAAAUGAACAAGCUGUACCAUUAGAACAUGUAUUACCAUCAUUAUUAGAACUUUUACCAUUAGAAACUGGUCUAGAAGAGAAUACCCCUAUAUUUGAAGUAAUCAUAAAAUUAUAUGAAACAAAUAAUGAAUUAAUAAUUAACCAAACACCAAAAAUUGUUGAAAUAUUUGCAGGUGUAUUUAAAGCUGAAAAUGAAAGAAUUAAAUUAUUUAAUGAAUCAACUUUAGGUAGAGAAGAAAAUAUUGAAGCAUUGAAACAAUUUCCAAAAGAUGAAUUAAAAGUUAAAGUUGUUGAAUUAUUAAAAUAUUUGAAUCAAAAAUUUUCUGGCGUAGUUAGUUCAAAUGAAAUUUUAAAAGACAUUAUUAUAUAG